AUGACGGAGGAAAUAUCAUUAUCAAUUGAGGAAACCAACAAGCUACGUUUGAGUAUAGGUCUUGCACCAAUACCUGUACCGGAGAAUCAAAGUAAUGAAGUGAUAGCUCAUCAGGAGACCGCUCAGCUGGUUCCAAAGCCAACUAAAGCAGGGGACGAACUAUCCAUAGAGGAGACCAACAAACUACGGUUAUCGCUAGGACUUAAGCCAAUACCGGUAGGCGAAAAUUUUGUUGCAAGCAGAGAAGAAAACGAAGUCAAAAAUUUUGAAAGACAUCAAUCAGAGAUUAGAGAUAAAGAGAGAGAUGAUGAGAUAAAGCAAAGAAUAGAUACUGCUAAGGCACGAAAUCUGACACGGAAAAGGUUGGCCACUGCAAAGACGUUGUUGUCUGAGGAUGAUAAAGAUGGAUCUACUGACGAUUGGUUGAAAAAGUUGGGUCAGCCAAAGGGGCCGGUCAAGAGACAGAAGAUACAAACAGACGAAUCCAUCGAAACGAAUGGAUUGCGCGUAGGGCAUAAUUCCAAGGAGCUUUCUACAUUGAAGAAUAACGAGAUCCUCACCUUGAAAGAUAUAGACGUAUUAGGGGAGGAAGGAGAUGAAUUGACCAACGAGGCAUUAGUACGUGAUGCGAGAUUCAAGAAGGAGUUGCAAGAUAAAAUCGGAGCAGAGAGUGUGAAAAAUAAUGGAAGAAAUGUCAGGGGAUUUCAGAUGGAAGAAGACAACAAUGAAAAUAACGAAGAUGAUGAUAAUAUGAUAAUAACAGAUGCAACGAUUAAGUUAUUGUCCAAGGAUCAUGCAGGAAAAGAUAAGUCUACAGACAUGGAAUCGUCCAAGGGACAUGUUAAAAUAUCAAACUUGUUUUCAGAUAUUGAAGCUUCGGAACUUCAACCUGCAAGUGACUACUCGAAACCAAAAAAGCCCAUCAAAAUGAAAAAGUUAAAGAAAAAGACAUCUCAAAAUUCGAGAAAUAAAACUGAUGACGCGAAAGAAGAAGAUGAAAUAAGUUCAAUUAAACCAGUUGAGCUUGAGAUGCUAGAUCCAGCAGAGUUGCUUGCAGAUGAUGCCGAAUUGACUUCGGUCCUUUCGAUGAAAAGAAAGUUGAAACAGAAAAAUAGGAAGCAUAUGACGCCAGAACAAAUAGCCCAAGAAGUCAAACUGUUUAGAAGAUGGGAUGAAGAGAAUAAUCUUGAUGAUGUCUCAUUUGCUGCACAGAAAGAUAAUGGAGGAAUAGUGUUUGAUGAUACAAGUGACUUUUUGAACUCACUAAAUGUUAAUGUUCUUGAAAAUACGGGCGAUGUAAAAAGUAACUCAAAUGUAAAAGAUGAGCCAGAAAUCAAAUCAGAACCGAAUAUCAAGCUAGAACAUGAUGAAAACCUACUUACAAACAAUACCCCCGCUGAAAUGGAAGCUUCGGACUCUGCCUCUGUCAAGAAAGAAGAUGAAACUGUCAAUCACGAGGAAAACACGAAUUCCCCCUCCUUUAACGGUGGUCUUGCGUCAACAUUGAAGUUCCUCCAAUCGCGCCAGAUUCUCCAGAAGCAGACAGAUGACGAAUACGAAAAGGCCAAACAACAACGAGAAGCGUUGAAACAGGCAGAACUUCUAAAAUUGAAGAUCUCUAUCGAAUCACGGAUGCUCCGGGAAUACCUAGAAGCCGAUAAAUCGUAUAUGAACUUACCCAGGGAAGAAAGAGAAGAAAUAUUUGAGUCGCAUCUCGACCAGGUCUUAAAAGAGAAAAAUAUUGUCUCAAAUAUCACUAAUUCGCAUAGAGGUGCCAGGAAGCCAAAUAAACCUUCCAUUAAUAAAAACCUUGACACCUACAAUCCUGAUGUCAAAUUAUCCUAUAGAGACGAAUCAGGUACAGAAUUAAAUACGAAAGAGGCUUUCAAGUACUUAUCGCAUAAAUUUCAUGGAGUUGGACCAGGUAAGGGUAAGAUAGAUAAAAAGUUGAAAAAAAUUCAACAGCAAAGAGAUAAGAACUCUUCGAGUAAUGAAGGGAUUAUUUAA